AUGAGCAAUCCCUGUACGGUACAGUCAUCCACAGUAUGCCUACCCUGUCCUAGGGGACACUACGCGGAACAGUACAACCACUUGUCGGAGUGUCACCGCUGCCACCAGUGUAACGUAAUGAACAAUGGGCAUGAGCAUGAAACCCUAUUGUGUACAGCCGUACAAAAUCGGCAGUGUGAAUGUGACAACGGGUACUUCAAACCAACAAUGUCGCCCAUUUGCUUACAUCACACAAAAUGCCCGAGAGGCCAGGGUGUCAUAGAAAAAGGUACUCAUCAGACGGACACCAGGUGCAUGCUUUGUAGGUCUGGGACCUUUUCAGACGAGAUCUCCAGCACGGCUGAGUGCAGGACCCACACAGAUUGUGCCGCCAGAGGGGAAUGCUUUGUCUUCAGGGGCCAUCACAAAAGAGACAACGUGUGCGCCCCCUGUUCUCCAACAAUAAAAAACUCAACCUCUAAAAACACCGUCGGGCAACAUUACACGGCUAAACAAACAUCGGAAUCCCACGUUUUCUCUAUCAUUCUGGCGCUUUUUGUUAUGGCUUUUUCAGUAGUGCUCUUCAUUUUAAUGAGAGUAUUAGUCUCAUAUAAAAUGAAACGAGGUCAAGAAAUACACCACAUAAUCUCUGCAACCAAUGUCAUUGACUUAAGAAAAGAACAACAUGGCAAUGACCUCGCGAUCGAUGACAACAACGAAUCGAAUGAAAUACCAGUAAGCAAAGAACAAUUUCAGCUUUAUAACAAACGCAUGAUGGCGACACUCCAACGUAAAACCGAUGCUGAAAGAAUCGCUAUCGACUUGAAUGAAAUGUUAGAAAAAGACAAUAUUGAUCUAAAGAAAAAGGUAGUAUCUGAAAAAAAGGAGGUCGCACGACUAAAAGAAGAAAACAUUCAUCUAAAGAACCAGGCAGGAUCUGACAAGAUGGAGGUUGCACGAUUGAAAGACCAGAUCGUCUCCCUGACCACCGAGACCAACAAUACAUACAGGAUGAGUCAUAAACCACGUGGGACAGCUGUCAUAAUUAACAGCAUCCACUUUGAAGAUAUGGCCACACGAGAUGGGGCUGAAGGAGAUACAGGUCGCCUUCAAGAAGCCUUCGAAAGCCUUGGCUUCACUGUCAUGACCUUCAUCGACCUUGACCACUCCAAGAUGGUAGCUACUAUGAAGGACCAGGGAAAUGCCGACCACUCCAACUACGACUGCUUCGCCUGCUGCAUCAUGUCGCAUGGCACCACAGGAAAGGUCUUCUCAUCCGAUGACGUAGGCAUAGACAUCUGUGAGAUCAUGAAACCAUUCCAUGCUAACAAAUGUCCCUCUCUCAAAGGCAAACCAAAGCUGUUCUUCAUUCAGGCUUGUCAGGGAGAGAAAAUUCAAGGAAAAGAAAGUACUGAAGGUGACCUUGAUGCAACACCUGGUGACGAUGUCCCUUUGAAUUUCAUCUGCAACGAAGCCGAUUUCUUCCUGGGUCUGUCUACAGUCCCGGGCCAUAUUUCUAAGCGAGGCCAGGACGGGGCUCCUUAUGUGUUCCAUUUGGCAAAACUGCUGAAAGAUUUCGGCCCAACUCACGAUCUGUCCGCCAUCAUGGCCAUGGUAUGCGACAAAAUGAAUGAUAUCAAUGACGACACUUUUGGGUGGAUUUCCUCAUACCACAGCACUUUACGCAAAAAGGUCUUCUUCAGCACAAACUGA